AUGAAGCUCCUGCUGACAAAUUCUUUUGGGCUGCUGUCAACGUUUGGAGCCUUCCAGCAUGCUGUUACACGGAGCAGAUCUGACAUCGCCAUCGUAACAGAGACUAAAUUCACCCCGGAGAAAGCCUCACUAUCUGACUUCUUCAUGCCGGGCUUCCACCCACCCCUCCGACUUGACCGAUCUGCUCAAGGUGGCGGAGUUGCAGUCUGGGUCCGGGACUCCCUCUCCUUUGACCACCUGAGUGACAUCAACUGCCAUGGCCAUGAGGUCAUCUGGCUUCGCCUGCACCUGGACAAUGGCCAGAAAGUAUUUGCAUUUGCAGUGUACCGACCCGGGUCGUGCAUUGGACAAGAUGUCUUUCUGCUUGAGUAUCUUGACUCAGUCAUGGAUCAAGCUCGAUCCCUCGGGAACAGCGUUGUGAUAGCCUGGGAUUUUAAUGUUCAUAAUGAAAGCUGGCUAUGCAGCACGAAGACUACACCAGCUGGUGAAUACAUGGAAGAACUCUCUGCGUUUCACGGGCUCCACCAGCACCUUACUCAACCAACACGUGGUGAGAACACCCUGGACCUCAUACUCAAGGACUUCUUGGAGACCUCAGUGGUGGUAAAUGUACUGGACCCCAUUGGAGCAUCAGACCAUGCCACCGUUGUGGUCACUUUUGAUGCCACCCCACUCCGCGAACAACCGACUAAACGGGGCGUUUGGAGGUAUGCUCAGGCAGACUGGGGCCGGCUUCAGCACUUCUACUCAACAGCAAACUGGGAUAUAUCAGAAGACCCCGAGGCGUCGUGCAGAUCAGUAACCGCUGUUGUCAUGGAAGGCAUGAAUCGCUUCAUCCCACACAAAGAACUUUCGACGAAACCAACAGAUCCAUCCUGGUGGACGCCGGAAUGCUCAGCCGCUACCCAGGCAAAGAAGAAUGCAUGGAACCGUCUCAAGACACACCCCACCUGCCACCAGCAACUCAUUGACUACAAUGCCAAAAUCCGAGCCUCUGCCAAUUGCCUUCGUCUCGCAAAGCAGGCAGAAUCUGCCCGCAUCCGAGAUCGGCUCAAACAUGGAUCACUGCGAAACAAGCAAUGGUGGUCACUCCUGAAGCAAGCUGCAGGCUCUGGCCGCAGCUUGUCUAUCCUUGUCCUACGCAAAACCCAGGGCAGAGAAUAUGUCACCAACCAGGAAAAGACUACUUGCUUUGGAGAAUUCUUUUGCGAGCAAAUGCAGUCUGGGUGA